AUGAAGCCUCCUUCCAAACCCUCUGGGAGUUUCCUCCCGCAGGCCAACCACAGCACCGGGGAGCGCUUCCUCCUGCUGGGUUUCUCCGACUGGCCCGCGCUGCAGCCUGGCCUCUUCGCCCUCGUCCUGCUCUGCUACCUCCUGACCCUGGCGGGCAACUCGACCCUCGUGCUGCUGGCCGUGCGCGACCCGCGCCUGCACACACCCAUGUACUACUUCCUGGGCCACCUGGCGCUGGUGGACGCGGGCUUCACGACGAGCGUGGCGCCCGCGCUGCUGGCCAGCCUGUGCGGCGCGGAGCUGUGGCUGCCCCGCGCGGGCUGCCUGGCCCAGCUGUGCACGUCGCUGGCGCUGGGCUCCGUGGAGUGCCUGCUGCUGGCGGUGAUGGCGCUGGACCGCGCGGCCGCCGUCGUGCACCCGCUGCACCACGCCGAGCUCGCCUCCCCGCGCCGGUGCCGCGCGCUGGCCUGCGCCUCCUGGCUGGGCGGCCUGGCCAACUCCGCCGCGCAGAGCGCGCUCCUGGCCGCACGGCCGCUGUGCGCGCCCCGCCGGCUGGACCACUUCAUCUGCGAGCUCCCCGCGCUGCUGCAGCUGGCCUGUGGCGGUGACCGCGACGCCACCGAGCGCCGGAUGUUCGCUGCGCGCGUGGUCAUCCUGCUGCUGCCGUCCGCCGUCAUCCUGGCCUCGUACGGCGCCGUGGCCCGCGCCAUCUGCGGCAUGCGCUCCCGGGGCGGCCGCAGCAAAGCGCUGGGCACGUGCGGGUCCCACCUGACCGCCGUCUGCCUCUUCUACGGCUCGGCCAUCUACACCUACCUACAGCCCACGCGCCGCUACGACCAGGGCCGGGGCAAGUUCGUUUCGCUCUUCUACACCGUGGUCACCCCGGCGCUCAACCCGCUCAUCUACACCCUCAGGAACAAGCACGUGAAGGGGGCCGCCAGGAAGCUCCUGCGCAGUGUGGGGGGAGGGCAGGCUGGGCGGUGAGUGCGGGGCGGGGGCGGGAGGAAGGGGUGAGCCG